AGGUGAUCAAGCAUGGGAACAAAGUUUAGAGCAGCAGUUAUUUUCCUUUUUCUUUCAUCCGUCCUUCUUCAGCUGGUGUUUUCUGAAUCCAACGAUGGAUUCCUUAGAAUUGGACUCAAAAAGUUUAAGUUAGAUGAAAACAACAGGAUAGCUGCUCGACUUACUACGCAAGUACUGAAUCAUCGAAAUGUUGGCAGUGUUGUAGGGCUAAAGAAUUACAUGGACGCGCAAUACUUUGGUGAGAUUUCAAUCGGUACGCCACCGCAGAAAUUCACUGUCAUUUUUGAUACAGGAAGCUCUAAUCUGUGGAUACCUUCCUCAAAGUGCUACUUAUCUCUUGCGUGUUAUUUUCAUUCUAAAUACUCUGCACGUCAAUCAAGAACAUAUAAAGUGAACGGAACCUCUGCUGAGAUACACUAUGGUUCAGGUUCAAUAGCUGGCCACUUUAGCCAAGACAAUGUUUUAGUUGGUGGUUUAAAAAUCAAGAAUCAGGACUUCAUUGAAGCAACAAGCGAGCCCGGUUUUGUGUUUGUGUUUGCCAAGUUUGAUGGCAUUCUUGGCCUUGGAUUUCGUGAGAUAUCAGUUGGAGGUGCUGUUCCAGUAUGGUACAACAUGAUGAACCAGGGUCUUAUUCGAAAUCCAGUGUUCUCAUUUUGGCUGAAUAGAAAUACAAAAGAACAGGAAGGAGGUGAACUUGUGUUUGGUGGGAUUGAUCCAAAGCAUCACAAGGGGAAACAUACAUAUGUCCAUGUAACCCACAAGGGUUAUUGGCAGUUUGAUAUGGGUGAUGUAUUCGUCAAGGGUGAAUCAAUAGGUGUAUGCAAAUCUGGUUGUUCUGCAAUUGCAGAUUCUGGAACUUCUUUGUUGUCAGGUCCAUCGGCUGCGAUUACCAUGAUAAACAAUGAAAUUGGAGCCACAGGAGUAGUUAGCAAGGAAUGCAAGUCCAUGGUUGGAGAGUAUGGACAAACCAUUCUGAACAUGCUCUUACUACAGGCACAACCCGAGAAAAUCUGUUCACGAAUUAGAUUAUGCUCAUCUGGUGGAACUAAGGGUAUUGAGAGUGUUUUGGAGGAGGAAAGUAGUAAUGGAAGACCAUCAGAUGUUUUCGCCAUGUGCAAGACUUGCGAAAUGGCAGUUACAUGGAUGGAGAAUCAACUUAGAUUGAAUCAAACAGAAAAUGCUAUUUUAAACUAUGUUGAUAAGCUAUGUGAUUCCUUGCCAAGUCCAAAUCAACAAUCAGCUGUGGAUUGUUCGCGUAUUUCUUCAAUGCCUGUAGUUUCAUUUUCAAUUGGUCGUAGAGUUUUUAACCUCAAGCCUAAAGAGUAUAUAUUGAAGAUUGGAGAAGGUGAUGCGGCUCAGUGCAUAAGUGGCUUUAUUUCUGUGGAUGUUCCUCCUCCUCGCGGACCUCUCUGGAUUUUGGGGGACAUAUUCAUGGGUCGUUACCACACCGUAUUUGAUUAUGGAAGAUCGAGAGUUGGAUUUGCAGAUGCAGCAUAAUAAUAAUAAUAUUAAUGGACACAUAUUUGUUAACUUCAUUUAUGUUCACACAAAUAUUUGAGUCAAAUUUGUUUCCAUUUACAAUAUUUAUAGUGAGUCUAUUGAUUAAUUAUCAAUUAAAAUAUGUUUAUGAAUAAAAAUG